AUGUCUGCAUCAGUGAGCAACAGUAACAAUGUUUUGAUGAAGAGCUCAGACGAUGGGAUCUUCGAGGUAAAAGAAGCCGCGGCAGUGAAGUCCGAAACCAUCAAGAACAUCAAUGACGACAUGGGCACCGACGACAUUAUUCCGGUGGCCGAGGUUGACGGAUCCACGCUGAGCAUGGUCAUUGAGUGGUGCAAUAAGCACAGUACGAACAGCAAAAUCAGCGAAGAACUUAAGAAAUGGGACGCCGAGUUUUUUAUGAAGGAGGAUGACGAACUUUAUCAUCUCCUGAUGGCUGCAAAAUAUCUUUGUGUUGGGGAAUUGGAGGAGCAAUUGAUUCAGAGGCUUGUUGGCAUGAUCAAAGGCAAGAAAGUGGAGGCGAUUCUGUGUCCUGUUUCUGUCUUUUUUCAUUCUUUCAGAGAUUUAUCACAUAAUGACUUGACACGAACAGUUCCGUGA